AUGUCACAUGAACCAUAUACUUUUAUUAGCCAAGAAACUCCCUUAGUCGAACAAGCAGAACACGUGUUUGGACAAGCAGCCGAACAAAUUUCAUCCCAAGUCGAAUCCGCGAAAGAGACUACUCGUUCGUUAUUCACCACUGUCAAAGAAACAUUUUCACCUGUCACCGGCUGGAUUAGCUGGAUUCAGGAUAAAUUUCCACCUCUCGCUUGGUUCAUAUACGCUGCGGUUAUAUUGAAUGCAAUUCCCAUCGCUAUCUUUCUCGGAUUUUUGGCCGCUACGACGUUGACCGUCUUCUCGAUAGCUGGCGGUGGAAUCCUCGUGGUUGAAGGUUUCUUCUUUUUGCUUGGCUGUGGUGUCGUAUUGCCAGUUAUUGGAUUUGCAGUAUUUGCAGCGUUUAUUGCAUUUGCUUUUGUAUUGUUGACGUAUGGAGGUUGGAAAUUGUUUCGGACUGUGAUUAGGAUUUUCGGAUUCACGUACCAAGAAGCGAAGUUUGAUAUAACUGGGGCAGCGGCAGGAUUUAAGAGAGGCCUCUCUCGUAGUAGAGAAGAAGGUGAAACUUCAUAUGGUAAUCACGGAGCUCGUCAUCGUUAA